GUCAUGCUGAAAGGUGAACCUCUGCCCUGGUCUGAGCUCAUGUUCUCUCUGGAGCAGGGUGUUCUUCUACAGGGACCUGUCUGUAGGCUGCUUUCUUUCUUCCAUUAGAUUUCAACCUCCAAAUUCAAACCAGUGUCCUUGUCCUUUCUGCUGAUAAACAGCCCUGUAGUGUGAUGCUGCCAGCAGCAUGCUUCACCGUGGCAGGAUCAGCAGUAUCUGGUUUUUGCCAUCACUGAGAUCAUGUGUGCCUUUCUAAAUCAAAUGUCCAGUCAAUUGAAUUUGCCACAAACUCAAACCAAACAGGAUGCACCUCAGCUCGGUUAAACUGAUAAAUCACAUUAAACACCAGUUUAAAAAAAAAAAAAAUUCUCUUAAAGUACAUGCUGAGUGACGAUGAAGCUCGUGCGUGCGUCACCAGGAGCAACCGAUCCGACGGGCGCUCUCUCGCGCGAGAGAAACAGAGCUGGCCGUUGAUUGGUUAGGCGUUGGGAGGCGUGUGUGUGUGUACAUAUUAUUUAUUAUGAGACGCGGUUCAUCUUCAGCUCAUUCUGCACGACGUCGGAAACGGUGUCUCUCCUGCUGUGAGUCAGCGUGAAGCCGAGCGUGAGAUGUAGACUCUUCACCUUUCCACAAUGCACAUGAGCAAUCUGCUGAACUGCUGGAAUGAGAUCACAGGGAUAUCUGAUGUGGGCGUGUCCCCUGAGCCCGGCAGCCCCACCCUCCUCAGUGAAUGUGCAGAUGCGUACUGCCAGGCCGAGCACCAGAGCCGCCUCCAUACCUGUGUCUGCAAAUUGCACUUCUGGGAGGAUUUCAGCACCGAGCUCAUAGGGAGUGGCUUCUUCUCUAAAGUCUACAAGGUGACGGAUAACACCACGAUGAAAGUGAUGGUGGUGAAGGUUUAUAAGAACGACGUGGAUCAGGACGGCAUCAUGAGAGAGAUCAGCCUCCUGCAGAAACUCUCACACCCCAAUGUGGUAAGGUAUCUGGGGAUUUGUGUCAGAGAGGAUAAACUGUACCCGAUCCUCGAGUAUGUAAGCGGAGGCUGUCUGGAAGAGUUCUUGGCGAGGAGUGACAUCACACUGUGUUGGAGAGAGAAGGUGGAACUGGCCUGUGACAUCUGCAGAGGAAUGACCUACCUCCACUCCAGAAACAUCUACCAUAGAGACCUGAACUCCAAGAACUGUCUGAUCCGAGUGACCGCACAGGGCAGAGAGGCGGUGGUGACAGAUUUCGGUCUUGCCCGGGAGGUGGUGGAGCUUCCUGUUAACAGUCCUGACAGGAAGAUGUCCUUGGUGGGUUCUGCGUUCUGGAUGGCCCCUGAGAUGCUGAGAGGGGAACCGUAUGACCGCAAGGUGGAUGUUUUCUCCUUUGGGAUCAUGUUGUGUGAGAUUCUGGCUAGAAUUCCCGCUGACCCAGAAGUUCUGCCUAGAACGCAGGAUUAUGGUCUGGAUGUGGAGGCAUUCAGUGAGCUGGUACAGGGAUGUCCACAGAAAGUUCUGGAGCUCUCAGCCGACUGCUGUCAGAUGGAUGCAUAUCGCCGGCCGUCCUUCUCUGACCUACUGGAAAAGCUAGAGGACGUUGCGGAAAAUUUGCAGCCUCCAGACUGUCCUCUGACAUCAGGAUGACCUCUGAACCCAGGCUUACAGACAUUACAGACCCACAGAGAUGGACAGGACCAGGCUUUCUGUGAUGGAUGUUGACUCUGUGAGUGAGUGUCUGCUUCAGCCUUUACGCCUCACUUUAUUUUUGAGGACUUGUGUGUUUCAGGAACUGGACCGAAUUUCAAAAAGGACCUGCUACUAUACACCAUUCCUCAUACAGGCUAAUCAGGGUUUACUGCAGGAGGCAGGAAUUAAAGUGGCAGUGAACCAUAUUUUAUGUUCAUUAGGGGAUUGUUUUGAUUGUGUAGGUGGGCAUAUCCAUGAGUAGUUCACCUGUUUUGUAUGAUUUGGAAACACUAAAUUGGGUUUCCAAAUAAGCAUUAUUGAGAUCGAUCUCCAGACCAAAAGUAAAGAUCGUUAACUAUUUACCUCAGCUGAAAAGUGGUGGCUUGGCGGUUAAAGCUCUGGGUUACUAAUUGGAAGGUCGGGGGUUCAAGCCCUAGCACUGCCCAGCUGCCACUGUUGGGCCUUUGAGAGUUAAACCUUAACCCUCUCUGCUCCAGGGGCGCUGUGUACCAUGGCUGUGUAUCAUGGCUGACCCUGCGCACUGACCCCAGUUUCCUAACAUGCUGCGGUAUGCGAAGAAAAGAAUUUCACUGUGCAUAUGUGAUCAAUAAAAACUCAUUGUCAUUAUCUCUUUAAGGAAAAGGACUGAAGUUUGCAGCUCUGCUCCAAACUGUGGUGGAGCUUAUUUCAGGACCAGAAAAAUCCUGAAAUGAAGAAACUAGUGAGAUCCGUUAACUGCAUAACGACAUCAGUUUUUUCGCAUAUUCUAAAGUGAAUAUGAUCAUUAUGAUCAUUCUCUAAAGAUUUAGAUAAAGAUAAUGUUGUAGUUUGAACCAUGUCCACGAGGGGCAGUGUUUUAUUUGUCCAGGCCAAUUGUUAAAAUAAUGGCUGGAAACACAAGGCACUCAGUGAUGAAAUGGCAAAUAAACAAUUUCCUCCCUAAAGAUAAAGGGUUAGCUUAGCAAUUUAACUGUCAGUAAGUGUUUAUCUUCUAGACUAGACUAGACGGUGAGUAUAUUUUGGCAUUAGGUCAUAGUGUGUUGAGACAUGGAUUCCCAAUGACGUGUUUCACUGUGAUUACCACCAGGAGGUGCCAGAAUCUACAACACACACACACACACACACACACACACACACACACACACACACACACAUCCAGUCCCAACACAGCAUUUAGAGCUGUGGAUGAAUUGAAGUCCCACUUUGCAGCAUUGUAUUUCUCUCAUUACAAAUUUUGAAUAUUUCAUCAUGAGCUCAGUCAGGAAAUUUCGGUUUUCCAUGUUUUACUCCUGUCUCGUGUUUUCAAGUUCAGGGUCACUGAUUCAUUCGAUUGUCAGCUAAGUAAUAUUGCUGUAAAUCUCCUUCUCCAGCCAGUGGCCAUCUUUCACUUUCCCAAUCAUUUACACAUCACCCCCUUUUUGUUGCAACUACUGUUUCCAUGGUAACGAAGACGUUUUCUUGCUCUGAAUGCUGUUAUUUCGCUGUUUACCUUCUGCAAUGUUCCGGUGAAAAUUGUGUUGUUUUUUUUAAUGUUUACCAAAUGUGGAACAAAAACCGUAACCCAGAAUGAUUUCAGUAACAACCAUGAUUAAAAGAAAAUUACUGUUAGGACAACGUUCUAUUACAUAAGGUGCAAACAUUCGCUGAUGCUCAAGAAGGCAACACGAUACAUUAAAAGCCAGGGGGGUGUAAACUUUUAAUCAGGAUGAUCGGUGUAAAUUGUUAUUAUUUUGUUUAAAGAUCUUAUUUUUUACAUUUAGUACUGCCUUUCAGAAGCUAUGUAAGAUAUACAUGUUUUUUACAUGGGGGUGUAAACUUUUGAACAGGAUGAACGGUGUAAAUUAUUAUUUUGUCUUCUGGGAAACAUGUAAAUAUCCUAUGUAGCAUCGGAAGAGAAGUACUAAAUGAAAAAACAAGAUCUUUUAAGCAAAAUAAUAACAAUUUACACCGAUCAUCCUGUUUAAAAGUUUACACCCCCCUGGCUCUUAAUGUAUCGUGUUGCCUGCUUGAGCAUCAGUGAAUGUUUGCACCUUUUGUAAUAGUCGUGUAAGAGUCUCUCAGUCGUCCUCAGUGUGAAAAGAUGGAUCUCAACAUCAUACAGCUGCUGCUGGAAAGGGGUCAAAUAUGCAGAAGAUGCUGGAAAAGCAAAGAAUGUGCAGGACCUGGAGGAUUUCUCUGAAGAACAGUGGGCAGUUUAACUCCUCAGGACAAACAAUGGACCCUCACAAAACAUAAAAACAGCCAUUGAUCAUCCAGAUAAUGACACACAGGAUUAAGAAUAAAUUGUAUAUAAACUUUUGAAUGGGGUAAUUUGUGUAAAUUCAGUUAUUGUGUCUUGUGGACUAUAUGUAAACAUCUGAUUAUGUGACAUUUUGCAGAUUCUGCAAGGCGUGUGUAAACUUCUAACCUCAACUGUACAGGUGUAAUCACUAAGAGAGAAAAGAAGACGACUGAAGAGGUUAACUUUAAAUGUUAGUCAGGACAGAACUUCACUAAUCUGUCUGUUUCUAAUUUACACACACACACACACACAUUUAAUGCUAAAAUGGUAGCUAUAAAUUUAACUACAUGAGCAUCAUAGCUUCAGUCCAAAACUAUAGAAGCAAACAUGUCUUGGCUGAUUGAUUACAUGUGGAGUAAAGGGACCGUGUGGAGGUUUGAUUUCCCUUCGCACACGUCUUUAACAAACACAGCCGAAACAACAGGAUGUUAUUUCUGAAAUCAAAAUAUUUAAUAGGUACAUAUCAAGUAUAAUACCAUGUAUAAAAUUUGGGAUCACAAUAUGAAGCCAUGUUGCUGCUGAGGCAGGUUGUGCGUCAUCAGGUAAGUGUUUGCCACAUCAACAGAGCUGCUGAUGAACUAAACGAGAGAUUAAACACUAGAAAAAAAUAACGGCAUGAUCAGCAUUUAUGAGAAUAACACAUCAACUGUUUUUUUUAUAUUGUUUAAAAGUUUUCUCUUUCUUCAGUACGUGCUGUGAAACAGAACAGACACAGAAGGCAGAAAAGCUAAGCAGCGGAACGGGAACUAGAGCUAGGACCAGAGAGAACUGAAGUGAGAGAGAGAGAAACUCACACACACACAAAAAGGAAUUUACUAGCAUCACCUACUAUUGCAGGGG